AUGGCAGGAUUUGAAGCUUUAUGCAAGGCAAGCUUAAACUUAGGCCAGGAACUUAAAGCCCAAGCUGAUAAUUUAUUUUGUGCUAAAGUUAAUGUGUCUUUCGAAGACGUCGUUACGAAGCAACAGGAAAACCUAUCCUUUCUUACUUCAAAAUUGCGCUUGUUACAAGCAAAGACGGUAUCGGUGCCUCCACAAGUGAAUGAAACUGAAAUAAAUGCUGAAGGAGUCAUCAACGACUACACUGAAACUGUAACCUUGAAACUUAUUGAACAGCAACUUGUGAAGAAUGUCACUCAAAGUAAUGCGGUGAAGGAGCUUCUAGCAACACCAGAUGAGGCUCUUGAACCUGAAUUAAUAGAAAGGAAGAAAAACAUCCUUGCAGUAGCUGCUGAAUUUUCUGAUAAGGAAUUGAAACUACAGCAUUUAUAUAACACAUUCAAAGAGGAGCAUAGCACAUUAUUGCAGAUGCGAAAAGAAUGGGACACAGUAAGGGCAAAACUAAAAAGUAGUCAAAGGAUAACACAGAAUAAGGAACAGAGUGAAGGACCAUUGUAUAGGAAACUUCAAAGUGUAGUUGCGAAAAUAGAGCAAAUGCGAUGGAUGAUACCUAAGCUUGUAAUAGCAAAGUCUAGACACUAUGAUUGGGCGAGUGACCCCAAUUCAAGACUCAAAGUGCUAGCACUAACACGACAAUGUUACACUGUACAAUCAUUUACUGAUAAUUAG